CACGCCGGGGGAUGCAGUCCCGGGGAUGCGGUGCUGGGCAGCCGCCGAGCCCGGAGCGAGGCCGGGACGGCAAUGAGCGCCGCCGCCGCCAAGCCGAUACUUUACAGCUAUUUCCGAAGUUCCUGUUCUUGGAGAGUGCGAAUCGCACUGGCUCUGAAAGGAAUUUCCUAUGACCUGGUCCCAGUGAACCUCAUUAAGGAUGGAGGACAGCAGUUUUCUGCUGAAUACAAGGCACUGAAUCCAAUGCAGCAAGUCCCAGCCUUGAAAAUUGAUGGCAUCACCAUUUCUCAGUCACUAGCUAUAAUUAAUUACCUAGAAGAGACACAUCCUAACCCCAGGCUCCUGCCCCAAGAUCCAAAGAAGAGAGCCCAAGUCAGAAUGAUCGCUGAUCACAUUGUCUCUGGCAUUCAACCACUCCAGAACCUGAGUGUCCUGAAACAAAUGGGGGAGAAAAAAAUGGAAUGGGCUCAGAACUGUAUCACAUCUGGCUUUCAAGCACUGGAGCAGAUUCUGCAGCACACUGCUGGACGCUACUGUGUGGGGGAUGAAGUUUCCAUGGCUGAUCUGUGUUUAGCGCCUCAAGUGGCCAAUGCUGAAAGAUUCAAAGUGGACAUGGGUCCAUAUCCCACAAUAACCAGAAUAAAUAAAGCUCUCUUGGAGUUAGAGGCCUUCAAAAUAAGCCACCCUUCCCGGCAGCCAGAUACUCCUGCAGAGCUGCGAGCUUGAAGAUUUUCUACUCGUUAAAUCUGGAAAGCUGGUGUGAUAAAGAAGGCAACACCUACAGUCUGAGUAGAACUUCAGUGCCAGUAGGAAUGCCUAGUACUACUGUUUCCCUUUCACCUGGCUGGGAAGGACAGAGGACCUGGAAGUAGUGUGGAUGACUUACAGGAGCUAUGCCUGUGCUGGAACACCUGCAGCUACUAGUUGUUUGGUUUUUUUUAUGCAGUCUAUCUCCAUGAAACAGAUUAAAGCAGAAGUAUCCGUAAUAA